AUGCGGGAUCCCUUAUUUUCCUACAACCUCAGCAGGGCCUACCCUGUGCGGUGGUUCACUCCGGUGGUUCUUGUUGGUGGCAUCAUAGCCACGGUCCUCGUUUCUGUCCUCAGCGUAGCUACAUCAGGCUACCAGCUGAACUCUGUUCCUUCUUCGAAUCCAAACAACACAGAGUCUGGGCGCGCAUGGUUUGGCAGCAGCCUUAAUUCCAUCACCGGCGGCAUGCAGCCUGCCUGCGCUUCGACCACGAUACCGCUUAACACGGUCCUCUACACCAACAACACGGGAUUGGCUUACACCCUCCAAGGCAUCACGCUCAGGCAACAGGACGGUACAACAGCGUCGCAGGGCUCGCUUCUGUACCAUAACAACAUGCUGCAGAACUGCACAAUCUCCAGUAUUGUGAUCGACUUCGAGAGCCUACAGCGGUCCGCACUCGCUCUUGCCAUACAGCAGCAGGGUGCGGACUUGACAGCCUACAUACAGUGUCUGGUGGAGACACCGCAGGGCAUAAUUACAGUUGAUCUCACCACAACUUGGGCAGACAUCAAUUCUGGCCCUGGCCCUUCCGAAGCAACAUUCGUGAACCGAGAUCCAAAGAUGCAGGCCAGCCUCUACUGGGCGUACUCUUUAUUAAAGAUGUACUGGAUACAGCUGACCAACAACAUGUUCGAGAACAACAACGAAGCGUAUGGCUUCUACAAAGGCUACGUGAAACUGACACAUAGCACUCGGCCCGCGUCUACGGCCGCGGACGUUGAGUCCCUCGACUUCUUUGACGCAGAAUGCUGGUUCAUGCCUUUCAACGGCACCGGAAUGGUGACAGAUAUCGCAUUCUGUGAAAAUGCGCCCCGGGCUAUAUCCACAUUAGCUAAUGGGACCGUCAGCGACUACAGUAAAACCUCACCUAUGCCAAUGAUUUGGAUCCCCGCCGACAGUCUGGCGAAGUCGUUCUACUACGCUAUCUUGUCCGACCUCGGGCAAACCGUGUCUCCCAACUUGCUUACGGAUACGGGGCUACUAAAGUACUUCACCAACAAUUUCACGGGGAUCAGCGCCACCUUCGGCACGAUCUCGUGGGAGAACGCAGUUAUCGGCGCGCAGGACGGCGUUGCGACCAGUCCGUACUCUGAUGACAGUGCCGGCGCUCUUCGCGUGGGGAACUCAACUCUAGCGACAAACUACAUCUGUCAAGUACCACAACUCAAGCCGACCGGCUCUCUCAUUGUGGCAGUGCUCGUCGCCGACUUGGUACUGCUGCAAGCCAUCUGGAAGAUCUUCAAACUUAUCGUGGAUCCGGUCUUGCUUAAACGUAACCCCGAAAUGAGGUACUGCGAAGGCUGCCUUGAGAGUAUACACUCGAACGAGAAGAGGGAAUUGGCCGACGAUGAAGGACUGCCAGCUACGGAGGCGAUUCCAGCGACCAGGCCGGCAAGGCCUUAUGCUGCAGUGGAUCAGGAUAGCAUUGAGAUGGAGAACCUGUUGGACGGUGGUUCGUCUCCUGCUCCCAAGGCAACAGCCGCGAGCAGGCUUUGA